UAUAAACAGCACAGAAAAACGAGGGAAAACAAUUAAAGUAAUAAUAAUAAUUAAAAAACGUUAAUUUAUGUAUAGCAUUUAAGGAAAAUGAAGGAAGAAAACGAUUCAAUGGGCGACACUGAGCCCGAGGAUAUAUCGGAAAACCAAAACACUAUACCCCAACCACAGCAUCAGGCGUCACAAAAGCGCAGGCACAGCUAUGUUUGGAACUACUUUACUCAAGUGCCUGAACAUUUAGAAGUCUUUAGAUGUAAAGUGUGUAGUGAAACAUUUGGCAACAAGACGGCUAAUUUGGGCCGACAUUUGCAAACAGUGCAUGGCAUUAGCGAUAUUUUGCAGCAUCGUGAAAAUUCAGUUAGAAAAGGUCGUCCCAAUCGCAGCUUUGUAUGGAACUUUUGCACCAAGCUCGAUGAGAAACGAGCCCUAUGUCAUUUGUGCAAGAAGGUGCUAUACUUCGGUGGCGGCAACACCUCAAACAUAACGAAGCAUUUGCGGCGCAUGCAUGCAGAAAAAAUAGAGGAAGCUUCCAAACACAUACCAGGCAUUGGUCGCUCGGAUGCUGAUUGGAUUAAGAGGGACCGAAAGAGCUAUAUUUGGAAUUACUGCGAGAAGCUGUCUGAGAAUUCCGUAAUGUGUAACUUGUGCAAUAGGCGAAUGCGAUUUCACGGAACGGCGAAUGUUAUAACGCAUCUGCAACGCAGGCAUGGCAUUAUGGGGGAGGACACUGUCGUAAAAGUCGAAGAAGGGGGCAGCGUGCAAGAGGCUGCCACGUCAAGUACAAAUGAGCAGAUAACAAGAUCCAGUCGGAGCAGCAGUAAUGGCUGCUUUGCAUGGAGGUUCAUGACGCGAGUGUCCGAUGAAACAGUACGCUGUCUUAUAUGCCUCAAGGAUUUAUCUUUCCAAGGCACAAGCAAUUUGCAGCGCCAUCUUCAUCGCAUGCACAAUGUUGUCUGGAAUGGAAGCAGCUCUGACGAGUCGGCGGCAACUAAACUGGAACAAGACAGCGAGAUAACGCUAUUAGCUUUUUGCGAGGCUACCAACGAUGCAACCGUGUGGAAGUGCCAAAUGUGUGAUGCACACUUUGAGCACAACGACAACAUGGAGGAGACAGUGGUCAAGCAUAUGGUUCGAGUACAUGGCGCUGCUCUGCGAAGUGAAAUGGAUGAUUAUGCUCCGGAAAAUGAGGAUGAAACCAUUCAUGCACUAUACACUAAUGUGCUCAAGGAAGAUACCAGUGCUGUUAAUGAGCACGAUGGCGUGCAAAUUGAAGUGGCCAAUGUCGAGGCAGAUGAAGAACUCUACCAUGCUAUUAUAGAAGAAGAAGACAUGCACGAAAUUGUGGAGAUUAGCGAUCAGGUAAUUGAAGAAGACACCUAUGUGGAUUCGGCAUCUGGUUAUUCAGUUUACCCAGUCGAUUAUGAGAGCAAUGAAAGCACCGAUGCUCAGUUGGUAACGACUACAAUACAGGCCGACGACACGCCAGCCAUACGCAUGCUUAAGGAGGAUCUGCUACGUCAACAGGCAUCGUACUUUAGUGAAAAGGCUGCCUACUAUCGGAUGCAAAAAUAUCUGAUCGCUCAGCAAGUGCGCAAGGAGCGACUGCAAAUUGAAAAGCUUAAAUCAACUCAUGCCGUAGAUAAUAAUAUUGUGAGCUAAUCAAAAUUUAUGCCCUUGCUCUCAGUUUUAUUCUUA